UCUCCUAUUCAAAACGUUCGGUGAGGAGAGCGAAACAAGAGAGAGAAAGUGAGGAGAGAGAAAGAAGAGAGAGAAAGAGAGGGGAGAGAGAGAGGAAGAAGAAAGGUUGCUUCUACUCUCAGAGGGUUACUUGCUUCCCAAAGAAGCUUCUAUCUCCAAUUUUCAAUACACACAAGCAAAAUCAAAUUUCGGGAAACAAAAAAAGAAUAAAAAAAAUAAUUAUAAAAAAAAAAGAGUAGGGUAGGGUAGCGUAUAGAGUGAAUCCUAAAAAAGAUCAUCGUUUCGUUUCGUUGUUGUUUCGUGACAACCUUAUUCUUCUGUUCUUGUGUUUUCUUACCCGAUAUCUAUGUUCUGGAAUUUCAUCAUCCUCUACACGUAAUCUUCUCUAACCAUAAAAAAACCUCCCCAAGAUUCUCGCCCAAUUUCGCUGUAUCUUCGUUGGGUUGGGUUUAUUCCUUUCUGGGCUUUUUUAUUUUCCUCUAUUUUUGGGUGUGUUUGUUGCUGGGUCUUUUUAUUGACUUGGUUUGGUUUUAACUAGGGUUUUUGAAAGGAUCCUAGGUUAAAGUUUGUGUUUUUACACGGAUUUUUGUUAUGGGGUAAAUUAUUGUAUAACCUUGUUUGGCUGGAUAAAAAGAUUGGCUUUGUGGUGAAAUUGUGUGUGUUUCAGUUUCACCCUAUAGCUGAUCAUUUGGUUGAUUGAUUGAUUUGUGAAAGCCCUUUGUUUGGUGUUUGAUUGAUUGGUUUCUUUUUCUGGAGGAAUUGUGUUUGUGAUUGUGAUUGAGGUAUUGUUGUGGUGAGAGAUAUAAGGACUUUGGUGGUGUGUUGAUAAGAUGAGUUCCAGCAUUGCUGGGAGUUUGGUCAAUGGGAGGCAGCUAUUGGUUCAUAUAGCUGAGAAUGGACAUUCGUUUGAGUUGGAUUGUGAUGAGAACGCGCUUGUUGAGGGUGUUAUGCGGUCUAUUGAGUUGGUUACUGGGAUUGGUUUCAAUGAUCAGCUUGUUCUUUGCAUGGAUUUGAAGCUUGAGCCGCAGAGGCCGCUUUCUGCUUACAAGCUUCCGUCUGAUGAGAAGGAGGUGUUUAUUUUCAAUAAAGCUAGGCUUCUAAACAACUCGCCUCCUCCUCCGUUGGAGCAAGUUGAUGUUCCUGGGAAUUUGGAGCCUCCGUCGCCUUCGUCUUCUCAUGAUCCGCACCCUCUUGAUGAUGCUUUGGAUCCUGCUUUGAAGGCUUUACCUUCUUAUGAGAGGCAGUUCAGGCACCAUUACCAUAGGGGGCAUGCGAUUUAUAGCGGCACCUCGAUGAAAUAUGAGCAUUGUGAGAGGCUUUUGAGGGAACAGAUGGUUCAGGAAAGAGCUGUGGAAGUUGCAAGAUGUAAUUUGGAACAUUAUUAUCGAGUGAUUAACCAAAACUAUGGCGAUUUCAUGAAACGUUAUAUGCAACAGCACAGAAUUCAUUCUGAUCUUUUGAGUAAUUUUGGAAGGAAUGUUGAGAAACUAAGAUCUAUCAAACUUCACCCGUCUUUGCAAACUGCGAAUUACAAAUGCUUGCUGGAUUUUGUGAAAGAAGAAACCCUGAAAAAGUCAGUGGAGAAUUGCACCAGCUCCCACAAGCAGUUCGAGAAUAAAAUCUCACAAUUUAAGCAGACUUUUGGGGAAGUGAAGCACCGGACUGAAGACUUGCUGACCUCUGGGCCUUUCUUGGCCGCCAAGAAUUUGGAACAAGCAAUUAAGGAGCAUCACAAAUUUAUAAAUGAACAGAAAAGUAUCAUGCAAUCUCUGAGCAAAGAUGUUAACACUGUCAAGAAACUUGUGGAUGAUUGUCUGUCUCCCCAGUUGUCCUCCUCGCUUCGUCCUCACGAUGCAGUUUCUGCCUUGGGUCCUAUGUAUGAUGUUCACGACAAAAGUCACUUGCCUAAAAUGCAGGCCUGUGAUCGUGCUAUUACUAAGCUACUUGACUUUUGCAAGGAGAAGAAGAAUGAAAUGAACCUUUUUGUGCACAAUUACAUGCAACGCGUAGCUUAUGUUUCUUACCUCAUCAAAGAUCAGAAGCUACAGUUCCCUGUAUUCAGAGAGGCAAUGGUUCGACAGGACGGUUUGUUUGGGGAUUUAAAACUGUUCCAUAGUGUUGGUCCUUCAUACCGAGCUUGCCUCGCAGAAAUAGUGAGACGAAAGGCUUCUAUGAAGCUUUACAUGGGCAUGGCUGGCCAACUGGCUGAAAGACUUGCUACAAAACGGGAGCUUGAGGUCUCGAGACGGGAUGACUUUAUGAGAGCUCAUGGUUCAAGCAUUCCUAGGGAUGUAUUAUCAUGCAUGGGGUUGUUUGACUCUCCUAAUCAAUGUGAUGUCAACAUAGCUCCGUUUGAUGAUGGUUUGCUUAAUAUUGACAUAUCAGAUGUGGAUCGUUAUGCUCCUGAGUAUAUAGCCGGAGUAACUUUUAGGAUGGAGAGGCAUGGUAGCUUUAAAAGUACACAUGGUUCGAUUAGUGAUAAUUCUCAAUUAGCUGAGGCUGUAGAUAUAUCAUCUAACGCAAUUGAGAAAUAUGAUUCGAAAGACCUCCUUGAUGACAGUGGUUUGGUAGAAAUUGCUGGAACCUGCAAAAUGGAGGUUGAGAAUGCAAAACUGAAAGCUGACCUUGCUGCUAGAAUAGCUUUAAUGUGCUCUCUAUGCCCUCAAAUCGAGUACGAGUCAUUGGAUGAAGAAAGGGUGGGAAAUAUACUGCAGAAUGCCACCGAGAAGACUUCGGAAGCCUUGCUCUUGAAAGAUGAGUAUAUCAGACAAGUUCAGUCCAUGCUUAAGAUGAAGCAGAUGCAAUGCGAGUCAUAUGAGAAACGUAUUCAAGAAUUGGAGCAGAGAUUGUCUGAUCAGUAUGUGCAGGGGCAGAAGAUGUCCAAUGUGAACAAUGCUGCCGACUUUCCUCUUCUUACUGGGAAGACAGAUAAUUACAAGUCAGAAUGUGUGAGUGGUGAAGCCAACAUGCCUUGCACAUCUACUAGUGAGCCCAUGGAUGAGGUUUCUUGUAUCUCAAAUUCCUUUGAUGCAAAACUUAGUUUUUUCACAGACCGUGCUGGUAAAUCUUUAGAUGGGUUGGAUGAAAAGAUGUGGGAUUCAUCUGGUAUGCAGAAUCCUCACCUUGAUUCAUCUAUGAUGGAGCCUCACCGUGAAGAAGUGCUAAGCGGUGAUAAAGAUAAAAAAGAUAAGAUAGGUGGACAAUUGGGUUUGUCGCUAACAAACAGUUCGACUGCUGAGAGCAUGCCUGUCUCGCACGAUCUUGUACCUUGUGACUCAACAGUUUGUCCAGACUUGGAUACCAAAGUAAAUGAUGAUAAGUUGUUGGAACUACAAGGUGCACUUGCAGAUAAGUCGAAGCAAUUGAAUGAAACCGAUACAAAGCUCACCGCCUUUAUGGAGGAGGUUGCUGUGCUCAAAAGGGAGUUGGAAGCAAAUCGCAAGUUACUUGAUGAAUCUCAGAUGAAUUGUGCUCACUUGGAGAAUUGUUUGCAUGAGGCAAGAGAGGAAGCUCAAACACAAAAAAGUUCUGCUGACAGAAGGGCAUCGCAAUAUGACUUAUUGCGUGCAUCUGUUAUUAAGAUGCGCAGCUUUUUUGAAAGACUCAAGGCCUGUGUUUAUUCCCCUGCCGGUGUUGCUGAUUUUGCAGAUUCACUCCGCAAUUUAGCUCAAUCUUUGGCCAAUUCUGCUAAUGACAGAGAUGAUGAAGAUAUUGUCGAGUUCCGGAAAUGUAUUCGGGUAUUGGCCGAUAAAGUUGGUUUCUUAUCUAGGCAUCGUGAAGAAUUGCAUGAUAAGUUCACCAGAAUGGAUGCUUCUAACGAACAGCUCCGUAAAGAAUUGGAGGAGAAAAGAGAGCAGGUCAAAACUUACUACAAUAAGCAUCAAAUUGAGAAGCAGGCAAAUAAAGAGAAGAUUUCUUUUGGUUGUCUAGAAGUUCACGAGAUUGCCGCCUUUGUGCUGACUCAAUCCGGACAUUACGAGGCAAUUACGAAGAACAAAUCUAACCACUACUACUUAUCUGCUGAAUCCGUGGCACUAUUUACAGACCAUCUUCCAAGCAGACCUAACUACAUCGUCGGACAGAUUGUGCAUAUUGAACACCAAGUUGUGAAGGCAUCGCCGGAGCACGGUAGGGCGACAACUUCUGACAAAGGGACUACUGACUGGUUGACCUUGAAUUCAGGUUCAACUCCAAACCCAUAUGGUCUACCUGUUGGAUGUGAAUAUUUCGUUGUGACGGUAGCCAUGUUACCCGAUACCGCUAUUCGUUCAUCCUCUCCUACUUCCUGAUCCUGCUUCUUCAUCAUGGUAGUAGCAGAUUAGACAUGAUGGAAGAAUUUAAUUGUAUAUAAACAAUAUUCAAAGUUUAAGUGCUCAUUAUGAGUUUUGAAUUAGUUAACUAUUUGUACAGUUCUCUUUCAAUUCCACUCUUUUCGUUGUACAUAUUUCUUUCUUUUAUGGUAUUGUACAAAUUGUGAAUAUUAUUUACAACUCGUUUUAUUUGGACA